UCUGUCGGCGCUGCAGGGGGCGCUGGUGCUCGCCGUGCGGCAGGAGUUUGUUGCCGUUGACGACGAUCGCUCACUGUUGCUCUGCGACGGAGACGAGGUCGCCGUGGUCCCGCCCCUCAGCGGAGGCUGAACCGCGAUGGAGCCGCCCGAUUGGCCCGAGCGCAGGGACGUGUUCAAGCUCCGCUCUGAUUCGCUGUCGCUUCAGGAAGUGGUCGAGACCGUCACAAGCCCCAAGUGCGGCGCCAUUUCUGUGUUCCUCGGUGUGACUCGUGAGGACGUGCUGGACGGCCGGCGAGUGAUUGGUCUGGAGUAUGAGGCGUACGAGUCCAUGGUCCAAUCAGAGCUCUCCAAACUGAGCCGUGUGAUCAGAGAACGCUGGCCUCACGUCGUACACAUCUGUGUGCACCACCGGCUGGGGUGGGUGGCGGUGGGCGAGGCCAGCGUCGUCGUGGCGAUCUCGGCUCCUCAUCGGCGAGACUCUGAAGACGCCGUUCAGUUCUGUGUGACACAACUCAAGGCUCUGGUGCCCAUCUGGAAGAAGGAGGUCUAUGACGAUGGGCAGAUGAAGUGGAAUGAAAACGCCGAGUGCAGCUGGAGCCAGAAGCACCAAAACAAAACCAGGACCGAGACCAAGACUGGACCAGGACCAGGACCAGGACCAGACCUAAACCCAACGCCAACCCUGAGCCCCUCACACUGCUGCAGUGCGCCACCUGCUGCUCAAACCCUGUAGUGCAAAUAAAGAUGAAGAGUAAAGAUGAA